AUGGCGCGCAUAGGGUGGGACCAUCUGCAGUGCUAUGUGGCAAGAGAAAACGGUGCCCCUGGAGGGCACGUUGUUCCCGGCUGCAGGAGGUGGCCAUUUGGAGUCUUGAAAUGGGCUCGGGAGAAUGGCUGCAGUUGGAGCAGCUCGACCUCCGUUGAUGCUGCACGACAAGGGCACUUGCGUGUGUUGAAAUGGGUACAUGAUAAUGGUGGCUUCUGGCAUGAGGAUACCUGUGCCGCGGCUGCUUUGGGGGGUCAUUUGGAAGUGCUUCAAUACGUUCGUGAAAAUGAUUGCCCAGGGGAUUUCCACACCCUGCGCAAUGUUGAAGAAAAAGGACAUUCUGAAGUUUACCACUGGGCUAUGGUCAAUGGCUAUCACUGGAGCCUUGUCGCUGACUAG